AUGUGGCACAACUGCCGACGGGUGCUGCGCAACGUGCCGUUCUUCGCGCGGGCCGAGCCGGAGUUCCUGCGCGACCUGGUGACCAGCAUGAAGCUCGAGUUCUUCACCCCGGACGACGUGGUGGCUGCGGCGGGAACCAUGGGCGACCGCCUCUACCUGCUACAAUCGGGCAGUGCGCGCGUCGUCGACGCGAUGGGCAUCACUGUGGCCACGGUCUUGCCCGGGGACCGGUUCGGUGAGGUGUGCCUCCUGCGCGAAAUGCUGCGGCUGCGCACGGUGAUCGCCGAUCGCUACUGCCACUUCUUCUCGCUCACCCGGGCCGCCUUCAACGAGGUGCUGGAGCGUCACCCGGACGUGAAGGAGAUCGUGGACGAGAUCGUAGCCGAGCACUGUGAGCAUCGCACCGCGACGUCGGCCGAAGAAGAACUGGCCACCAGCUAG